CCUGUGACAGACCCGUCCCCGGCACCGCCGGGGCGAAGCGACCGGCCGCUCCCGUCCCCCGACCCGCUGCCGGCCGUUCGGCAGCGGCCGCCUCGCCCGCCGCCCCUCAGGGGGUUCCGCCACCGCCAACCUUCCCCGCCCCCCCCCCAUCCCCAGUGCAGCCGGCGGGCGGCUGUGGGGGCGCCCCCUCCCCCCCCCUCCCGCCUCCUCCGCGCUCCCUCCGCCCCCUCCCCCGGUAGCUCCCUCCCGCUGCGCAGCUCGCCGCGCCGGCGGGAGGGGGGGGGGGGCUAUGGAGAGCCAGCGCUGCUUCGCCAACCGCUUCGAUGACUACCCGGGCAGCCCGGCGGCGGCGGCGGCGCCGGACAGGGAGGCGGCGGCGGUGCCGCUGGUGACGGCCACCAUCGAGCGGAUCCUACGGGAGCUGCCGCCCCUGGGCGGCCCCGGCGGCUGCCCCGGCGGGCUGUACGGCGGCGCGGCCGGCGUGGCCUACAUGCUCUACCACGUCGCGCAGUGCCCGCUCUUCGCGCCGUCGCGGGAGGCCUACCUGCGGGCGGCCCGCCGCGUCGUGGACGCCUGCCUGCGCUACCAGGAGGGCGGCGGCGAGGCCGACGCCGACACCCGCGCCGCUUUCCUGCUGGGCGGCGCCGGGGUGUACGCGGUGGCGGCGCUGGUCUACCGCGCCCUGGGGCUGCCGGACUUCGCCCGGCCGCUGGGCAAGUUCCGGGAGCUGAGCGAGGUCUGCGCCCCGCUCUCCUUCCUCGAGUGCGGCUCCGACGAGCUCUUCGUCGGCCGCGCCGGCUACCUGUGCGCCGCGCUGGUGCUGAAGCAGCGGCUGGGCAUGGAGGUGCUGACCCCAGCACAAAUAAAAUCAAUUUGCCUGGCCAUACUAGAAUCAGGAAAGCAGUAUGCAGUGAAGAAGAGGAAACCAUUCCCACUCAUGUAUUCCUACUAUGGAACAGAGUAUCUUGGUGCAGCACAUGGGCUUUCAUCAAUUCUUCAGAUGUUGCUUUCCUAUUAUGAGUACCUGCAGCCAGCAGAUCAGGAGCUUGUGUGGCAGAGCGUUGAUUUUCUUAUGGAUCAAGAACAGAACAGCAACUGGCCUCCUGAGCUGGGAGAGACAAUCGAGCGGGAGAAUGAGCUUGUACACUGGUGUCAUGGAGCUCCAGGCAUCGCAUAUCUGUUUGCCAAAGCUUACCUGGUUUCCAAGAAGCCUCAAUAUCUGGACACUUGCAUCCGCUGUGGAGAGCUAACUUGGCGGAAAGGCCUGUUGAAGAAGGGACCUGGAAUAUGCCAUGGGGUGGCCGGUAGCGCGUAUGUCUUCCUGCUGCUGUACAGGCUCACUGGAAACUCAAAGUACAUAUACAGGGCGCAAAGGUUUGCAGAGUUCUUAUUUACAGAAGAAUUUAAGGCUGGUUCCCGGGCAUUAGAAAGUGUAUAUAGUCUGUAUGAAGGCUUCUCGGGAACUGUGUGUUUCCUGACUGACUUGCUGCAACCCAACCAAGCUGAGUUUCCUCUCUUCAGUGUCUUUGUCUAGAGAGCAACAUUCUUCAUGGCCACAUCCCAGUGGCGAGGGGAGAGGGCACUGCGGUUUCACUUAUUUGUCAAGAGAGGCUAUUUACAGAACAAGCCAGUGGUACCACUAAUGCUAGCCUUAAUGUAACUGGGAGUCAGGUUAAAAAAGAAAAUACACUGAGGCUUUGGGAGGGAAGUGUGUGGUCAAAAAAAAUUGGUCAAUGAAAAAAAUAUGGGGAAGUGAUUGAAUCUGAUGGGGUGGAUAUUUAUCUCUAAUAAGAAGCAAAAUCUAAUUAUUCAAGUGAGAGAGAAAGGGGCAUUAUCCAACUUUUAAUUUGGUGGUUACGCAGAGGGAAAAAAAAGGCACGCUGGAAUUACAGAGACAUGCAAAUAAGAAAGUGAUGCAUCCAGUAGGUUUUAAAGAGACCUGCAAAAACAUCUUCAUGCAGCGAUGCAUUUAUCGGGGAGGGUAUCAUAGACACAUCACUACACUGCACAAAGGCAAAAUCUGGGAUUUUUUACCUAAACCACAUCCACUAGUUCUAGUAACAUGUAUUAGAAAUACCUGUAUCUUGGAGCUGUUUCAUCUUCAUAUGCAUAUAAUAAUAGUUAUGUGGAUAGCUGUAUACUCAACUUGUAGUUUCAUGGGUUCAUUUCAGUUAGUGGGGUUUCACGUGUAUAAAUGAAACUGAAUUUGACCCUUCCUUUAGGAGCUCAGUCUGUGGCGAGGAGCUGGUCUCCUUACUAUUUACUGUAACCGUGUCACUUCUUGUCAAUACUCUCUCUGUCACAGGGAAGAUGAGUGGAGCCCUGUAGAAGACUUGGAUCAAAAAGGUUCUAUAGCAAAGAUACAGGAGGCAGAUGCUUUCUUCACAGUACAGCAUUACUAGAUACAUAUUGUUCAGUGAUACAAAAGCUUCCUUUACAAAUUAAUUACCUAUAGCAACAUUUCUGAACAAUAACAUACAUAUUUCAGAGAACAGAAAAUCUAUUUUUCUUGAUGAAUUAUUCACUACAAACCCUGCAAUCUGAAUGCAAACCUUGGAUGGCAUACUGAUCUUAAGAAAAGCCUGGUACCAAAACUCAAAAAUGCUUCUUUUCCUGGUUAACAAAAUAAGGUAUACUCCCAAAUGAUUUUUAGCUAUAGAAAUAAAUGGGUUGCUCCACACUAGUGGCACUAGUACUUAAGGUUGCAAUUCUAUGCUGUUUUAUAUGUAGUAUAUAUAUAUGACAUGGUACUUGAAAGCUAAAGAAAAUGCUAAUGUAGAUUUGUACUAAAAAAACCUCUAAAAUCAAUAUCUGUGUUUAAAAUAUAUUUAUUAUUUAUUAUUUAUUUUUAUUUAUGUGGGAAUAAUGUAAUGCAAUUACCUUUAAAGACAGAUCGGGAAGACCAGUAUGUCAAAAAAUGCAGGUAGAGUGAAAAAGCUGACCUACAUGCACUGCCAAACAAUGCAGUCCCUCUUCCUGCAUUCUCAGCUGGAGGAGAUUACAAUUUCCUUAUUUUUAAUGCCUAAUGGAUUAAAGUUCCUAUUUAAUUUCAGUGGCCCUUGAUCAGGCUACAAGCUGGAGCCAGGUCUUGCAACACUGCUGCUUUUUAAUGUAUCCAUCUCAUUCCUGCUUUUGCCACUGUCAUUUUAGUAAGAUAGCUUGCAUUAUUAUGAGCUGAGAUUAGGAUUUCUGUUAUUUUGUCUUGGGCUGUGCAGCUCUAAUUAAUUACUUAAUCAUAGAAGUAACCAUAUUUCAGUGGUGAAUAAAGCAAUGCAUUUCUGUAUCAGUUUGUCAAGAAUUUAGGCAUUUUUUUGUGAAUGGAAAUGUUACACACCUACGUUAUUAGGUGUUUAUUAUUUGUGGGAUAAAAGGUCUUUUAAUAAAGCCAUUAAUAUCACUUACUUUUGUAUACAUGUGAGGCUAAACCAAAAAGUCAAUGGAGAUGUGCAUGUGCUCUGCCUGGCCAGGCUGAAAUGCUCUUGUUAGAUCAGAGCAAAGUCAGUUGUCAGUAGUGACGAUCCUGAGUCUAUUAGGAUCCUUCUCUAGUUGCUUCCUGUAAUGCAGGUGUCUAAUAAAUUUCAUAACUGGAAUGCGGUCACUAGCUUUUCAGUCUCAAUAUUUAUUGUAGGGUAAUGUCACUCAGCUAAAACAUGUAAGUAACAACAUUUGGGCUAUAGCAUUUAGAUAGCUACUGUAACUGUAUUCUGUCUUACUGUGAGACAGAGAAAUAGAUUCUGCCAUGACCUAGACUCAAGCUUUUGUAAUCCUGCAUUUAUUGCUGAUCUUUCAUUUAGAGAUGCAAACAUAAACCAAAAGCACUUAGUGUUUUGAUAACUACACCUUCAAAAAAACCCCAAACAACUUCAAACUUAAGCCUUAACAGAAUCUACACAUGUCAGAAUAAUAAUCAUGACCUUCUCAUUUUGUCCCCAGUUGCCUCCUUUUUAAUUAUCAGUGGGCCACGACGUUUAAUUGUUUCCAGUUAGUUAUUUCUCAGGAGAUGCCUGAAGAAGAAAAUCUUUGCCAAAACCUCAAUAAAUCUAGAGCACAAUAAAUCAGUACGGUAACUUAGAUCCUGACCAAGUCAUGAAUGCUGUUAUUGUAACUUAUACCACAUAUAUGUUAAAAUUUACCAUAAUAGUAGAUAAAAUUGCUCCAUUUUAUUAUGCUUAAUUUCCAACAGUCAUGUUUGCAUUUAUCUUUUAAUGAAAUUCUUCAUAAAUGGCAGGAAAUACACAUUAAGAAUUCCAUGUCAGUUUUCUAGUAGUUUUCCCUGUGUGUCUCUUUGUAGAAUUAAUUCCUUCUGAUUUACAUCCAGAGGAGGCUUUGAUCUGUCUAUGUUGUGUUCAACAGCACCCACAAAACAAAUCUCCUGUCUCUGCAGCCGUACUCCAUAUAUGAAGCCAUGUGUUUGACUUGAUACUACUCCUGUGAGAAAAAAAAAAUAGUUAUUUGAGUAAGAGUUAGUCCAUUCAACAAUGAGAAAACCCGUGCAACCACCCAGUUUUCAAAAUCUAGGUCCCGAACAUCUCUCUGCAGGUUAUGUGAGUUUGGCACUGACUUCAGCAAGGGCAGCGAGCAAACUUUGUUUACUGAUGCUUAAGAUAAACGUCCAGUCUCAUGGGAUACAUCUUGUAAAAUCUUGGAACAUAAUUAUUCAUCUGUUUCAUCAGAAAAUGGCAGUUUGAGCUCAUUCUUAGAGCUUCGUGGCUUUUCUUACCUGACCUAGCUGGGCUAAGGUGGCUACUAGACGUGCUGUAGUCACAGCUUCUGAACACAGUGUAAAUAUAUCCCCAGGGCUCUUCUGAAAACACCAAUCAUUAAAUGAGCAGGGUUUUUUUUCAUCUUUUUCCUCCUCUUAAUUGUCUGUCUGCUUUUUUUCCUAUGUACUAUAUAUGCUAUCACAUACAUGCUGUUGCAACCUUUAUUCAUUGCUUUUAAGACACUGACAGAAGAGCAACCUGAGCAGAGCCAUCAGCACUUUUCAGUGUAAUAAAAAAAUAAGGUCCUUCAUCUUUCCUCCUUACCGCUGCAAGAAAUCAAUCACAGCAACCUUUGCUAGACAUUCUCAGCGGGAUCCUCCUGCUCCCAAAUUGGGCCCUAAUAGACUGAAAAAGUAUAUUCCUGAACAGAUUCCGCCAUGGUGCUGUGACAAAAGACUCUGUUAGUGGGAACUUGAGAAGCCUCUUUCAAAUUGUGAAACACAAGUUAUUACGUCAUGUUUGCACAUUAGUUUCUUGACUGUGUUUAGUUUCUAAAGUGUAGGCAAUAGGAAUUUAAGUGAUCUAAUAGUAUUUCUGAUUAUGCUGUUAAAGCAAACAGGAUGCAUUGUGUGGGUAUUGGUGCUUAUUUGUGAUGUACCUGUGUUUGUGUGGUGCUGUUUGUGAGUAAAUCUGUAGAUUACACAUCAGUUUAAGGAGCUCUGUAGUAUUCAUGACUUUCAGUAGGUCAUCCAGAGAUUACUGUCAUGGAAUAAUUUUGAGGGAAACUAGAUCUGUGAUGUCCAGACUUGGUGAUCUCAGGAUUCACAGACCCAGAUGGAAUACAUUUCAUCGAGAGUACAGUUAUAACACAUAUACCUUAUUUUUUUUCUGCUACUCACAACUUCUCAGCAUGAUAACAUACUCGUUUUGUGCCACUGCUUUCAGUAUCUGCUUUGCCUGCAUCAUUGUUUCCUUCAGUUUCCCUGCCUUUCUUUCCCAACCUAUGAAUAACUUCAGAAGACUGAAGCAGCAGCCCAGGUCUUUUGUUCUUGAAAGUAAGAUUGAUUAAUUUUGCUUAAGAGGGGUGUUCCACUUACUUGCAUUACAUUAUUACAUGGUCUUUUCUCAGUGGUUCUGCCAUUUCCCACCUGCUAAGGAAAACUCAUUAUACUGUGUAACAACUGUCAAUGAUGUUUUACAUCAUUAAAUAAAACAGAGAGAGACUUUCCAGGGAGCAUGUUCCCUUCUCUAGUAUCUCAAUUCUGUUAAGACAAUCAAAAACAAUUGAAGUGGAUAAACUUCCCAAAAUACACAUUUAAAUAGUUCUGGGAAAUAUGCACAAACUAAUGCAAGUAAAGUGGUCACCCUUUUUGCUAUCUGUGAAACUAAGUAAUGCCACUUUGAUGUUCUAAUAAUUAUUAUAUGGACAUGUAGAAAAUAUAAUAAGAAUACUGAUUAGUUUUUAAAAUGCUGUUAAAAAAAUAAACCAGAUAACCAACAUGCAGGUAUCUGAUGUAUUCAGAAACAUACAGGUGCAAUAUGUGCAAAUGGAAAUUUUCAUAAGCAAUGAGAUUUUUGUACUUACAUUGUUAUCUGCUAAUACAGUUAUAGCAUCUGCCAACCUAUUGCAUGUUUUAUGCAAACAGUGACCUAUUUUAGUGUAUGCAUGCAUUUUGAGUAUAUAUCCUUGUUACUUGGACCUAUAAGAUCCAUGGACAGAGUGUAUCUCUGAGGUCUGCCAAAUAAAUCUCAGGUGCGGUAAUCUUCUCCUACAUACCUUAAAUAUUCACUGGCAUGAGUGCAUAUUCUAAUCUGUAGGAAGAUCAGCAUAUCAGGAGUAAAAAUUGCCCUGUAUAUUUUAAAGGGUAAUCUUCCUGUGAAGAACUACACCAGUGAGCAAUUGCUGGCUAACAGCACAGUCUAGAUUGCUCUGAGAAGACAUUUCACUUUGUAUAAAUAUGUCCUGGACUACGUAGUAAGCAGCAGAAAGCUAAAUUGAAAGAAAUAAGAAAAUGACCAAAAAUCACAUUACUGAGGGAACAACAUACUUCAAAGCCAUAAGACAAAAAUGCUCAGGGCCCACAAAACAAUACAGCAUUUUAGGGAUGUGAGUAGGCAUUUUUCAAGAGAAUAGCACAGUUUGCUUCAUUGCACAGAUAGUGCUACAGUGUGCAUUGUGCAAGUUUUAGCUGCCUUGAACAGCGCUUCAUUGCCAUUACAGCAAAGUCACCGUGUGCUGAAAAAAGUCUGCCUGUGAAGGAGUUGCCUGCAGCUGAACCUACUGCCAACUCCUAUCAUUUAAUGGAACAGAAGUAGUGUACACUAUAGAUGCUUAGGCAGUUUAAAAUAAUAUAUCCAAGAAGCGAACAUGCACCAACUUUUCGACCUGCCUUUGAGUUAUUAAACCUCCUGAUUAAUUUGUCCUGUCACUGAUGUCACUGUUGGUCUUGUGCCCUGUAUAUUUAAAAUUUUACAUCAUGUUCUGAAAAAAGUCAACUUAUAAACAGCAAUCUGCUGAAAAUACAAAUGGGCAUAUGGGUUUUUUUUAAUACUUACAAGAGAGUCCCUUGGCUUUGUUCAUUGCAUGACUCAAAGAGAAGGUGGAGGCAUUUAGGUCAAGUACAGCAACACCAACUAGAAUGGCGGAUAAUUAAAACUUUUUUUGCCUAGUGGUAUAAUGAUAUUUGAAUAAAAGAUACUUCAUAAUGCAGUGAUAUUCACCAACAGCACUGCAUGACUAUACAUGCUUACUCCCCAGAAAAUUUUAUGCAGAAGUCCUGAAGUCAAUUAUAUCCCAUAGUAAAUAGAAGACAAAUCCUGUUCAAACGUUUAUUUCUACUUCAUAGAGAUGAGAGAGUCUGUCUGACCAGACACUGAACUCUGCUUCUGUCUUCAUUACCAUGAACACACAUGAAAGAAGAAAAGAUUUCCUCCAACAGUGGUCUGAUUUUGCCACUGAUUUGGUCUCCUGUGCUCAUUUUGAUGUCCUGAUAUGCCACCUGCUGACAUCAGUGGUGAAUCUCCACUUGAUUUCAGGCCUGCAAGGUUAGGUCCUUCCACACGUGUGAAGUAGGGGCAAACCUGCAUCAUUCCGGACCCCAAGCCUGCAAACUUUCCUUUACACGAGUCCCAUAGAAUUAAGAAGGCUUGUUCGUACAGUAAGGGAAAAGCACAGGUGUUUGCUAGGGCCCUAAUCAGUUGCAGUUUUAUACCCAUUUUCCCUCAAUAUGUCUGCAAUAUACGUGCAUGCCAAUACCAAUAAAAAGUACAGGGAACUUAAAUGGCAUUAUUUCACGUCUAGUCUGUGUUGGUGCCACUUGAUUAUUCAAUAUAUUCCAACAUACAGUGUUCAUUUCUUAAGUACUUGCCGCACCCUAGAUUGGUUUCUCAGCGUAGUAGCCAUUUGCUGCCACAAUAUGGUACAGGCCCUUAGAAUUGAGGUUGAUUUGAUUCUUUAGAAAUGCACCUUACUGUUUAAAAGCAGGACCCCUGCUCUUCUAAUGUUUUAAACACUGUGAUCUUUCAAAAUGUGUUUAUUGUAUUAGUUUUGUAUUGUAGAUUAUGAUAGAAACUCGAUUUUAUAGCUUUUUAAAAGCAGUGAUAGUACAAAGCUUCAUAGUGGCAGAACAAACUCUGUGUAUAUUGGUAUUAUGAAUAUUAAAGCUGUGAUUAUAUUUUGCCUUAAAUAAACGCUCAACCUUGAACAGUA